AUGCCUGUCUAUCAUGUUGUCCUCUUCCGCCUCAAGCCCGGCGUUACCCCCGCACAAAUUGGAGCCUGGCGAGAGAUAUGCCAGGGAAUGGUUGGGAAAAUCCCAGGUUUGCUGUCUAUUCAGAGUGGUCCCCCAUUGCCGAUUAGCCUUCCCCGCGCUAAGGGCUUCGACAUGGGGAUUGUUGCUGUUUUGGAGACGCCGGAGCAUGUUACUACUUAUGCUGUGCAUCCUGCUCAUUUGGAGGUUCACAAAAUGCGCGAGGAGCUUUGUGAUGACACCCUAGCCUAUGACCUCGAGUUCUAG